AUGAAGUUCACGUCCAUUCUCGCCCUCGCCGGCGCCAUUACCCCAGCUAUCGCUGCUCCCGCCAAGUCUGACAAGACUUGCUCGAACCCUGCAAAGAGAAUUGAGUGGCGGGAGCUGGAUGCUGCUGAUCAGCAGGGCUAUAUCGAUGCUGUUCUGUGCCUCAAGACUAAACCCUCUCGCAUGGUUUAUGGUGGUUCUCCUUUCCUCCCUUGGCACCGAUACUUUGGUGUAGUCUACGAGCGAGCUCUUCGUGACUGCGGCUAUGAAGGUCCAUACACCUACUGGGACUGGACCAAGGAUACGGAGGGACUUCGUCUCUCCCCAGUCAUGGCAUCAAAGAACGGCUUUGGCGGCAACGGAGACGCUGAAAAGACCGAGAAGUCUGCCUCGGGAAGUACACUUAAGUGUGUAACCGACGGUCCAUUUGCAAAGCUGCGACCCGAGUACCUCGAGACUGAGCCAAGGAAGCUUACCGACGGUGGCCAUUGUCUGCACCGUAACUUGCCUGAAGUUGACGAGCCUGAUGCUUUCGCAACCAUGGCCAAGGUCUUCGGACCCGAAGGAGUUGAGGAAGUCCAAGCCUCUGGUAAUUGGAGUCACUAUGCCCGGUCUCUAGAGGGUGGACCGCAUGGUAGCAUUCACGCUUGUCUCGGUGGAGAGAUGAACCCCACCACUUCUCCCAAUGAACCUCUUUUCUUCUUGCACCAUGCGCAGAUCGAUCGUCUCUGGUGGUUGUGGCAGAAGGAGAACUCCACCAGACUCACUGAGUACAACGGCCUUUACCAGAACAUCAACCAGACCGAGCAGCACGAAGUCAGCUUGGACGAUGUCUUGAUGAUGGGUGGUAUUGACGAGGACCUUACUGUUGGUGAUGUUAUGGAUACCACUAAGGGUCCCUUGUGCUACACCUACUAG